AUGCGCAUCAUGCAGGGCCUGGUGGAGGGCGUGACCUCCCCCGCCUGUCACGGCAUCUGGAGCAAGUGGGCGCCGCCGCUGGAGCGGAGCCGGCUGGCGACCACGGCCUUCUGCGGUGGGGUUGCUGUGGGGUUGCUGUCGGCCCUGCCCCACCUGGUGAUGACCAUCGUGGUGCCCAUCGGGGGCCAGAUCGCCGAUUUCCUGCGCUCCCGCGGGAUCAUGUCCACCACCAACGUGCGCAAGAUGAUGAACUGCGGCGGUUUUGGCAUGGAGGCCACGCUGCUGCUGGUGGUGGGCUACUCGCGCUCCCGCGCCGUCGCCAUCUCCUUCCUGGUGCUGGCCGUGGGCUUCAGCGGCUUCGCCAUCUCGGGGUUCAACGUGAACCACCUGGACAUCGCGCCGCGCUACGCCAGCGUGCUGAUGGGGCUGAGCAACGGCGUGGGGACGCUGUCGGGGAUGGUGUGUCCCCUGAUCGUGGGGGCCCUGACGCGCCACAAGACGCGCGAGGAGUGGCAGUGGGUGUUCCUGAUCGCCGCGCUCGUGCACUACGGGGGCGUGGCCUUCUACGGCGCCUUCGCUUCCGGGGAGCCGCAGCCGUGGGCGGAGCCUCCGCGCGAGGAGGCGGAGCCUCUGGCGCCGGGGGGCGUGGCCAGCGACGAGGAGGAGGAGGAUGAGGAGGGGGAGGGGGUGGGGUUGCUGUCGGCCCUGCCCCACCUGGUGAUGACCAUCGUGGUGCCCAUCGGGGGCCAGAUCGCCGAUUUCCUGCGCUCCCGCGGGAUCAUGUCCACCACCAACGUGCGCAAGAUGAUGAACUGCGGCGGUUUCGGCAUGGAGGCCACGCUGCUGCUGGUGGUGGGCUACUCGCGCUCGCGCGCCGUCGCCAUCUCCUUCCUGGUGCUGGCCGUGGGCUUCAGCGGCUUCGCCAUCUCGGGGUUCAACGUGAACCACCUGGACAUCGCGCCGCGCUACGCCAGCGUGCUGAUGGGGCUGAGCAACGGCGUGGGGACGCUGUCGGGGAUGGUGUGUCCCCUGAUCGUGGGGGCCCUGACGCGCCACAAGACGCGCGAGGAGUGGCAGUGGGUGUUCCUGAUCGCCGCGCUCGUGCACUACGGGGGCGUGGCCUUCUACGGCGCCUUCGCUUCCGGGGAGCCGCAGCCGUGGGCGGAGCCUCCGCGCGAGGAGGCGGAGCCUCUGGCGCCGGGGGGCGUGGCCAGCGACGAGGAGGAGGAGGAUGAGGAGGGGGAGGGGGAGGGAGAAUAA